AUGGCGAGCCUGUGGGUGUGGCCGCUGCGCGCAGCGCUGCGGGCGCCUACGCACGCCGCGGUGGCGAACCGUGUGCUUCCUGCCUCGGCACAGUACCUGCGCGCCGCGCCCUUUGGCACCGGCGCGGCGGUCCCGGUGCGCGCCGACGGCACGCCGAUCCCCGACGCACCGCGCGAGCCGCCGGUGCCGGCCAGCGCGGUGCCGAGCCGCCGCGAGCGCCGCGCGGCCAAAAAGACGCAGCGCGAGCAGGCGAGGCUGCAGAAAGCGCGCAACACAAUCGCAGCGCGCCUCGGCGUGACGGAGCAGCGCACGGCGCCGCUCGUGCGGACCGACCACCAGUUCAAGACGUUCAAGCCGAUCACGCCGUCGAUCCGCUGGCUGCGCUACCCCCUCGCGACGCACCUGCACCGCGGCGGCCCCGUGCGUGCGCUCACGCGCGCGAAGCGCAGCACCGGCGGGCGCAACCACCACGGCCACAUUACGGUGCGUGGGCGCGGCGGCGGCCACCGCCGCCGCCUGCGCCUCGUGGACUUUUACCGCUGGGAGGCCGGCGAGCAGCGCGUCGUGCGUAUCGAGUACGACCCCGGGCGCAGUGCGCACAUCGCGCUGCUCGCGCACAGCGAGACGCAGCGCCUCAGCUACAUCCUCGCGCCGGACGGCCUCUCAGCGGGUGACACGGUGCAGAGCUACCGCACGAUGAAGCAGGACACGGCGUCGUCGAGCAGCCUGGACCUCGGUAUCUUCCGCACGCACGCGAUCCGCCCCGGCAAUGUGCUGCCGCUGCGCCUGAUCCCGAUCGGCACGACGAUCCAUGCGAUCUCGCUGCGCCCGCUGGGCCCCGCGAAGCUGGUGCGCGCAGCUGGCACGAGUGGGCAGCUGGUCGCGUUCUCGUCGUACCGCAAGAGCGCGUCCGAGGCCGAGUCCGCGCCGACGCAUGCGCAGGUGCGCCUCGCCAGCGGCGAGGUGCGCCUCGUGCCGCUCGACUGCUGUGCGACGAUUGGCCUCGUGAGCAACGUCGACCACCAGCACCGGCGCCUCGGCAAGGCCGGCCGCUCGCGCUGGCUCGGCCGCCGCCCAAAGGUGCGCGGUGUGGCGAUGAACGCGGUCGACCACCCCCAUGGUGGUGGUCGUGGCAAGUCCAAGUCGAACAAGGUGCCGCGCUCGAUCUAUGGCUACCCGCUCAAGUUCCAGCGCACGCGCAAGCCCGGCACCAAGAAGGGCAACCGCAUGGUGGUGCGUGAGCGUCCGCGCCGCAACGGCAAGCGCGCCGGCAAAGCAUAG